UUCUGUCAUUUAAAAACAUGAGAACAGAUUGAAAAACGAAACAAAGUUUUGUGCUAAAACAGUAAGAUGCUUACUGAUGGAGGUUCGUUCAUCAGUUUCGUGUAGUCACAAAGAAUGGAGACGUAUUGCAAAGAGAGAACGACGCAGACGAUUGCGUCAAAAAGCUGCGAAGGAACGCGAUGCAGACGAAUUACAAUUGAGGGCAGCACUGGAGAAAAGCGCGGAUUAUUUGAAUUGGUGCAAAGAACAGGAACAAUGCGAAAAAGAGAAAGAAGAAUUAGAAAAACAAGAACACGAGGAAAGAGAAAAAUUAUGGCUCGAGGAAGAGGUAAAAGCGCAUAAGGAAUGGCUUAUCGUUCAGGAACGUAAAGCAAAAGCUAGACAACAGCAAUUGAUACAAGAAGAACAAAUUCGAAAAGAGUUUGAAGCUAAACAAGCAAUUAUAAAAAAGAAAGAAGAAGAAGAAAAACUUAAACGAGAAGAGGAGAUAAAACGAAGAGAAUUAUUACAACAGCAAAUUGAUGAUUAUAUAGAUGAAGGAAUAAAAACGCCAGAGAUUCUUAGAGAAAUUAUUGAUAGUCAACCUGGCAAAGAACUAUGUCCUUUCUUUUCUAAAACGGGUGCUUGCAGAUAUGGAGAUACGUGUUCCAGAAAUCAUCGUCGAGUUUGUUUAAGUAAAGUCCUUUUAAUACCAAAUUUUUAUUCACAUUUCUCUCUGGAAAAGAACUCUAUGGAAUAUGAUACGGACAUUGGAUUAGAAUUUGAGAGUUCUGAGACCAGACAACACUUUCGUGAAUUUUAUUACGACAUUGUACCGGAAUUAGAAUCUUACGGAAGAAUUAAAACGCUCAGAAUAUGUUGCAAUACCGAGAUUCAUUUGCGCGGUAAUUUGUACGUUGAAUAUUACACCGAACGAGAAGCUGCUAGAGCUCUGAGAAAACUAAAGGGUCGUUGGUAUGCUGGCAGACAAUUGAACUGCGAGUUUGCCAAUUUUAAGUCUUGGAGAAGUGCAGUCUGUGGUAUGAUAAAAUGUCCUAAGGGUAGAGCUUGUAAUUUUCUACACACUUUUCAAAAUCCUCACACUGAAUACGACAUCAAAAGUCCACCACGUUAUUCAAAAACAGCUAAUUCGGAAAGUAACAGCAAAAGGAGCGAACAAAGGAACAAAUCUACAUGGGAAGAGAACGUAUCUGAAGAAACCAAUGAAAGUAAACAUUGGAGGUGGUCGGAAUCACCUGAGAUAGAGACGCCGAAUAAACGUUCGAGGAACAAUGAAAAACAGCGAAGACACUCGAACGAAAGAAACGGUCAUCGUUCUUCUAGACGCGAUAAAGAAGAUCGAAGUUCCAAAAGUUCCAGGAAGUCUAGAAAAUCGUCGACGGAGAGGCAACAUCAUCAUUCAAGUUCAAUCCGAUCUGGAAGAUGUUACGAGAAGAAACGUGAAAGUGAACAUUAUUAUAAGAACGAUAAAAGAUCUUCUAAAAGGAAGCACGAUAAUAACGAUCGAAGUAGUGAAAGAUCAGAAAAGACUUCUCGAAAAAGUAGUAAAUAUUUGAAUGAAGAAUUUAGCAAAUAUAAGUCGAGAAGAUUGAAAGAAUGCGAUGAUUAUAAUCUCUCAGACAUAAAGAUCAAGACCGAGACUGAGACCGAGGCCGAGAACAAGAUUGAUAGGCUUCAAUCAGAAAAUAAAGAAAGUAAUAUUAAAAAACAGAAAAAGAAACAUACAUCAAAGUGGGAUAACAGAAAUUUUGAUGAAAAGGAAGAUGUAAGCUCGAGUGACUCUGAUUGUUCGUCCGAUAGUAGUGAAUUGCGUAGGACUAUUGAUAAACGAGAUCCUGACGGUUGGACGACAACCGAUUCUGAUAAUGAAGAAGAUAAGUGCGUAAUAUUUAAUAGGAGUUAAUAUAUUACAGUAAAAACUUCUUUUGGGGGAGUACUGAACGUUUUCAAGUGAGACAAAAAGUGAAGAUUUAUAAAGGAGUCUGUUGUGUUUGAAUGAUUAGGGAAAAACGGGGCUAGUUAUCAAUCUAGCAAAACUUGUGGGGAGAUAUGAGAAAGUGACACACUGUCAUAAACAAUUUUAAAGCGUGACACAGGAAGUAUAACAAUAACAUUGAUAAGAAUGACUAAAGAAUUGUUUUACCAGCACAAUAAUAGAAAAUAAGAGAAUAAAAUAAACAGAAAAUAAAACCAAAUUAAGCAGAAAAAUUUAUUACAUGCUUUUUUUUAUGAUAGAUGUCUAUUUCUGAAAUCAUUUUCAUGGACUAUCGUGAA